CGGCCAGACAGUGCGCUGCUGAGCGGACGCCGCAGCACCGCGUAGUCUCUCCGCUCCACUCGGCUCGGUCCAGCACGGCUCGCUCCUGCACCAUGGGCUCAGGUUCCCAGCAGCACCAGCAGGGCACGUCCCUUCCCAGGCCUACCGACCAUGGAAUUGACUCAGACAUGGAUAUUUAUGGGUACAGGCGGGUAUGGUGGCAUGUUUGGUUGUGUUACCUGGCCAUCUUGCUCUCCGCGGGGCUCCUGUUGUUGCUGUUUCGCCGGUACCCCCAUCUGGCAGUUCUUGCUUGUUGCACACCCUGCCCUCUGUCCUUGGCCGACACACUGCUCAUUAAGGGCAGCAGUGGUCAUCAGGAGGCUGUGGAGGUGCUGACAGAGGAGGUGGAGGCAGACAGUUCGGAGUACCUGGGACCAGAGGAAGAGGAGUGGGGAGACACAGUCCAGCUGUACAGGGAGAAGAAAGCUCUGCUGCGGUAUUUUGUGUUUGAGGGUCUGCGCUACAUGUGGAUGGAAAAAAGGGCCGCCUUCUGCCAAGUCAGUGUUUUGACUGAGGACUGGACAUGUAGUGAACUUUAUGGCCAGAAGAGGGGGCUGAGUCACAAGCAGCAGAUUGAUAGGAGGAAGGUACAUGGUCCCAACCUAAUCGAUGUUCCGGUUAAGUCUUACCUGCGACUGCUCCUGGAGGAGGUGCUCAACCCCUUAUAUAUCUUCCAGGCAGCCAGCAUUGUUCUGUGGAUAUUUGAGAAGUACUACUACUAUGCUGCCUGCAUCUUCAUCAUUUCCCUCCUCUCCAUCGCCAUCACUGUCUACGAGAUCCGGAAGCAAAGCAGUAUGCUGCGUCGCAUGGCCCAGCUUGUCGUGAAUGUGCGGGUGCGCACAGCCACGGGGGUGGAGGAAAGUGUAAGCUCAGUGGACCUGGUCCCUGGGGAUUGUGUGCUGAUACCACCAGAGGGGCUGCUCCUGCCCUGUGAUGCCGUCCUGCUGGCUGGAGAGUGUGUGGUCAACGAGAGUAUGCUUACCGGUGAGAGCAUACCCGUGAUGAAGACACCGCUCCCAGCCAGUGGAGGAAGGUAUAGCCUCGACACACAUCGCAAGCACACCCUCUUCUGCGGCACUCAAGUCAUCCAAGCCAAAGAAGGGUGCAGGGAUGGCAAUUGGGCCUUAGCUAUAGUCACUCGCACAGGCUUCUUUACAGCAAAGGGGGAAUUAAUAAGUUCUAUCCUCUACCCAAAACCUUCCAACUUCCAUUUUGACAGGGAUAUUACAAAAUUCCUCUUGAUCCUUGGAGUCAUAGCGAUUUCUGGCACCGUAUACAGCAUUGUGAUCCUUGUGAAUGUGUCCACCAUUAAGGAGGUUAUAAUCCAGACCCUGGAUAUUGUGACAAUCGUGGUGCCACCUGCACUCCCUGCUGCAAUGACAACAGGCAUCAUCUACGCCCAAAAUCGCCUGAAGAAGCAGGGCGUGUUCUGUAUCAGUCCAUCGCGCAUUAAUGUCUGCGGCAAGGUGUCCGUCUUCUGCUUUGACAAGACAGGGACCUUGACAGAGGAAGGUCUGGAUGUAUGGGGAGUCAUGGAGGGAUCUAGUGCAGGAUUUGGCAGCCUUGUGCGGGAUCCUCGCUUGCUUCCCCCUAGCCCCAUGCUCACAGCACUAGCCUGCUGCCAUUCGGCCACACUGCUGGAGGGGCAGCUGUUGGGAGACCCGCUGGAUCUCAAGAUGAUCGAGUCUACCGGCUGGGUACUGGAGGAUCCUGCAAGGACAGAUCAUGGAGUAGGUGCACAGUUUGGAGAUGAUGGAGUCCUGGCAGUGAUGAGACCCCCUACACCAGCUGGCCAGCCCAACACCACGUCACACAGUGAGCCAGCUGCGAUUGUGCGGAGGUUCCCGUUUCUGUCUUCACUCCAAAGGAUGAGUGUGGUGACGGUGGGCCCUGGAGGACGCACCAUCCGGAUCUUCCUCAAGGGAGCUCCGGAGAUGGUGGCCAGCCUCUGCCUUAAAGACAGCUUGCCUGCUGAGUUCACCGACACCCUGCGUCAGUUUACCCGUGAAGGCUUCAGGGUCCUGGCCCUUGCAUACAAACGACUGGAUGUCCAGACAAACAUGAAAACCAUUGAGAGGGGAGCAGUGGAGGAUGAGUUGCAGUUCCUUGGCUUGCUGGUGAUGAGAAACCUGGUGAAACUGGAAUCCUCGGGUGUCAUCAGCACUCUAAAACAGGCACAGAUACGCUCCAUCAUGGUCACUGGUGACAACAUGCUGACAGCAGUCAAUGUGGCUCGGGUUUGUGGGAUGGUGGCAGCAGAUGAGCAUGUGAUUUCUGUGCACACUUCAUCGCCUGAUGCCCAUUCUCCUCCCUCGCUGCAGUUUCAUUUGGAGGACAGCGGAGCUGGAUCACCGCAGGAGGGCUUUUAUGAUCUAACAAGGGGGCUCUACCAGGGCCAUGCACGCUAUCACCUUGCUGUCAGUGGGAAGUCCUUUUCUGCUCUCUGUGAGCAUUUCCCUGAGUACCUGCCCAAGGUUCUAGUGAGGGGGACAGUGUUUGCUCGCAUGGCUCCUGAGCAAAAGACCCAGCUGGUGAUGGAACUGCAGAAGCUCAGCUACCGUGUGGGAAUGUGCGGAGAUGGAGCAAGAUGUGGGGCCUUAAAGCAGCUGAUUGCAGGCGUGUCCCUGUCUGAGGCCGAGGCAUCCGUCGCCUCCCCUUUCACUUCGAAGAUGAACAACAUCAGCUGUGUGCCCUUGCUUAUCCAGGAAGGCAGGUGCUCCUUGGUAACAUCGUUCAGUCUCUUCAGGUUCAUGGCCCUCUACAGUCUGAUCCAGUUCAUCGCUGUGCUCAUCCUCUACACUUUUGAGACAAACCUGGGUGACUGGCAGUUCCUGUUUGCUGACCUAGCACUGGUGACAACAUUGGCCCUUGUGAUGGGAAGAGGGGGGCCCAGCUCUGAGCUGCACCCUCAGCGUCCCCCUGCCAGCCUCCUGAGCCUGCCUGUUAUGGUCAGCUUGCUGGUCCACACCUCUCUCACCUUCCUGGGUCAGGUGGCUGCCCUUCUAAUCACCCGGCAGCAAGACUGGUAUGUUCCUGUCAAUACAACAACCACUGAAGCAACCAAUCUACCCAAUCUGGAUGACACAGGCAUCUUCUCCAUAUCAGCUUUCCAGUACAUUAUGGUAGCAGUAGUGGUGACCAAGGGACACCCGUACAAGAAGCCCCCUUACACCAAUGGGUGGUUCAUGGCUGUACUGCUGGUGCUGCUGGCCCUGACGGGUUGGCUGGUGGUGCAUCCAACUGGGGCUGUGAGGGACUUCUUUCAGCUCAGCGGUCUCCCUGACCUGAAAUACAGGCUGCUGCUGGUGGCCCUGGCCCUGGCCAACUUUCUCACCUGCUUCCUGUUUGAGGUGCUGAUUGACAGAUACCUGCUCAAUUGCUCCCGGCUUCUCCGGAGCCCCCGGGAGUCCAAAAAGGAAUACAAGCGUCUGGACGCUCUUCUGUCUAGUGAUCCCUCAUGGCCCCCACUGGAUGAACCCCAGGCUCAACAACAGUGCUCUGUCAGCAGACUCAGUUAGCACUGCGCACCACCCCCAGGCCUACAGCACCUGUUCCUGGCCUUGGCCUUCAGCUUUUCUAGGCUGUCACUCCUGUCCUCCUUACUCCUGUCCUCAGCCUGUUAGUGAUGCCCUUAGCUUUUGUGAUCAGUGAUUGAUUCCCAUCACGAUGACCCCAGCUGUGUUGCUGGAGUGUGUGGUGCUGGAGUGGUUAACAUGGUCCUUUGGGGACAGCUCUUCGGCCACCAGAGAUGAAAUCUCACACACACACACACACACACACACACACACACAC